AUGGCUGUUAGACUGCAGGGAGCCCUGGGUCGUAAACGCAGCUUCGAUCAAACCAGAGAUCAGGUGACACGUUCAGGGACGCUCGUGAUCGAGUUAUCGGACUCUGAAGACGAUACACCUUCGGUUCCUCUCUCGAAGCGUCAGAAAUCUCACACGCCCGCAGCGGAUGAGCCCGAACCUCGUCGCGUCCUUCUCCAGUCGCGUCCCCUAUCCGAAAAUGCCAAGACUCGCCACGCGACUCCUCCAGCAUCGGCUUCGUCACGUGCUCCAACGCAGAAUGGUGCGACGAGUACACCCUCACGCUCACCAUGGAAGAAGCUUUCCAGAUACUCACUGUCAAACGGGACGUUCAUAGACCUCCGGAGUGAUUCACCCACUAUCUCUGACACUAGUGGACCGGAGCCCAAAACGACGUCCCUACCAACACGGACUAGUGUGCGACCUGAAUCCCGUGCUUCUUCCACCUUCGAUCAGAUGAAGGCGGCUGGAUCCACCACGGUCAAAACGCCUUCUCGGUCAGAGUCACGGGCGCGUGCCACGCAGCAACGGCAAAACAACUUCGACGGGGCACGGCAUAUGCCUCAAUCCUGGCGUGAUCUCUUCGUCAAAUCGGAAGAAGCGGCAAGGCCGGUAAACACGAAAGGAAACGACACAAUCUCCCGUCAUGAUCGAGCAGGUCAGGGCUUCCCCUCGAAUAACUUAUCGAUCGAAAUUCCACGACCGAUCCCAGAUUCUCAAGUGGCUUCUACGCAGCAAGGACAUAAACGUCUGCCGACUGUUGAAGUUGUGAACGACUCCCAACGCAAAGAACUUCUCAGACAGUUUCAAGCUUCCUCCAAGUCCAAAGCUCAGCUCGCCAACGAGAAGAAUGCGGUUCUGACUCAGCUGAAGCAGUCUACAAAGAUAGCCUACGAAAAGCCGGAACUAGUAGAGCAAUAUUUCGGAACGACAGGAUUCUCGGCCGUGUUCAGCGUGGACGAAGGCCUCGAGUUUAUGCGCAGUGCGGCCUCAAAGAAGAGUAAGAAGACUAACCGGAGCGGUAUCAAAUUAGAGAUUGAAUCUCUUUCCACUUCGUUUGACCAACUCAGGCUCACCAAAAGCCCUAUCCACCCCGCCCGGGCUGCGAGGGAUAUCCUCAUCAGCCGCUUUGAAGAACAGUCAAAUCCACCUUUGACUUUCUCCAACGACAUCAACAAUAGACGGCUUCCCGGCAAAUUCCAAUUCAUUGAUCACUAUAUCAUCAGUUCUAAGAUCAAGAUGGCACCACCCUCGACGAACUCUGGCUGCGAUUGCAGCAGUUGCACAUUAUCCACCUGUAAAUGCUUGACCAAGGAAGUCGAAGGAGGGGAGAUCCAGGUCGAAACCUAUGUUCGCCGACCCGACGGGAUCGUUGUGCUCUCGGACGAUUAUAUUACCCGGUCCCUGAGAGAAGGAGAAGUCCGCCAUGAAAUCACGGAAUGUAACGAACAUUGCGGGUGUGGCGAUGACUGCUGGAAUCGGGUCGUGUGCAAGGGCCGCACGGUUCCUCUCGAACUUUUUCAGACCGAGAAGUGCGGCUUUGGACUUCGCUCGUCGAAAGACAUUGUGAAAGGCCAAUUCAUCGAGCGAUACCUCGGCGAGGUUAUCACUGGGGCCGAAUUGGAGCUCCGUGAAGACGUGGCCGAAGACCACCAAGCUAGCUAUGUCUAUAUGCUGGACUGGUUCGGCAAAAUAGGCCACAAGGAUCCCUACCACGUGGAUGGCGAGUACUUCGGGUCUGCCAUGCGCUUUGUCAAUCACAGUUGUAGUCCGAAUACUCUGUGUAUACCUGUGCAGACUCACCGAAAGGACAAGAGAGUGUAUGACCUCGCCUUCUUCGCUAUCAAAGAUAUCAAGGCUGGCGUGGAGAUACGCAUCUCUUAUAAGAACGACGGCGAUCCCGACGAUGAGCACACCUCGGAGGACUUGGUGAAAUGCCAAUGUGGAGAGGACAAUUGUCGAGGGAUUCUAUGGAGACCAGGAGUCAAGACGCGACGAAGGAGGAGACGACAAGAAUAA